UAAAAGGCCCAGGGUGCGGCGGUUGCCCAGCACAUCGGUCUGCACAGCUGAGAAGACGUCGUAGUAGCCGCCCCUGUCGCCCGGCCGUGAGAUGACCCUCCCAGAGCCCCGAGGUGCUUGGAUUCGCCAUCGCCUGCUGCAUCCCGCCUUCUCCCCGGGGUGACCACCCUGCCCUAACCGGUCGAAGGCAUGCCUCCCAUCUGCAGCCCCCCGGGACCUGCCCUCGCCCUGGCUUCUCUAGCCUACGUCGUCACCCUGAUCCGGUGGGCCCGGAGGGCCCUCUCGGGGGCUUCUCCGCCCUGGGCGGGGGCCGCGGGAGGGCCCUUCAGUGGCUCAGAGAAGGAGAUUCAGGAUGGAGAUAACAUCAGCCCCGCCUCCUGGGAACCCACGCUCGUGCCAGGGAUGUGCCAGCCAAUAGACGAAUCGGAUGAUGAGGUUGAUGAAGAUGAAGAGAAUGAGGAUGAUGAUGAAGAGGAUGAGGAGGAUGAUGAUGAAGAGGAUGAGGAUGAUGAAGAUGAAGAGAAUGAGGAUGGUGAUGAUGAAGAGAAUGAGGAUGAUGAAGAAGAAACAGCCUCAACUCCCAGGCUUCUUUUUGCCUCAAGCCCUGACCUACUUUGGGCUCCUGUCUCUCCACCAGAGGAGGAGAAAGAAGAAAGAACACAAGUGACCCAGUGUCCCCACUCCCCAGUAUUCAUGAGCCCCUGGCUCAGGGCCUGGGUCUAUAGGCCGGAGGAGGAGGAGGAAGAAGAGGAAGAAGAGGAGGAGGAAGAAGAAGAAGAAGAGGAUGACAGUGAUGACAACAUAAAAGUCACCCAAACUCCCCUCUCUCCAAUGUUCAUGAGCCCUCUGCUAAGGGCUUGGGUCUGCCAUCCUGGGGAAGAUGAUGAAGAUGAUGAAGAAGAUGAAGAGACCCACUCUCCCAAACCCUUCCUUGUGGCCUUCUACCUCCCUGGAGCAGAACCACCAGCUUCCUGGGAACUCCCCCAGAUUCCCCCCCGGCUGCAGAGGCGCAUGAGAAACCCCCCGGCCAGAACGCGGCCCCCGCUUGCAGACCCACCCGUGGAACGGUCUAUGGCAGGAAGGAAGGUCCAGUUCUCCUCCCAGGUCUCUGUCCACCUCAUGGCUGUGUGGGCCGGGCCAGCCAGGGCCGCCCGCCGGGGCCCUUGGGAGCAGCUGGCCCGAGACCGCAGCCGCUUCUCCCGCCGCAUCGCCCAGGCUGAGAGGGAACUGGCGCCCUGCCUCUCCCCCGCGGCCCGGGCUGCCGCCUGGGCCCGCCUGCACCCACCCGCGCCCUGCCUGGGAGCCUGAUGGAGUGGCCGACGGCCGCACUGAGGAGAACGGCUCCCUGGGACCGGUGCCGGCUCGGUCCGUGUGGCUCUGAGGGGAGUGGGGUCAGCCUCUCCUCCCCUCCUGGGGCUGAUGUGAUUUCCUCUCCUUCAGAGGGAGAGGCCUGAUUUUUUCCCCCCCUCCCCACCCCUCUCCAAAUUCAGCUAGACCUCUCCCCAUCCUAACCCCUUUUUCUCCUCCCCUUUGGCCUUGAUUGGUCUGUUUUAUUUAUUGGCAAGAAUAAAGCGUCUGGCUUUCUAACGCU